CCUGUCUCAAGGUCUGUGACGUCACACACCAGGGGGCGCUCCUGUUCGAAUAGACUGUUCCACCUAACCAACACACUCAUCGUAGUAGGUCAUACUCUGUUUAGUCUACCGUCGAAACGGCAUCAAAUUGUGUACACAGAAAAAAAUUACACCAUUUUGCAAGAAAAACGCGUUUCAAAAUGCCGUCCAGAAGGAAAUCGAUACAGUUGUCAACACAAGAGCUGAUCGAUGUGUACCAGUGGGUGAAACAGUUCAAUCUCUCGAAGGACAUUAAAAACAUUAACCGGGACCUUACGGAUGGAGUCCUGGUAGCGGAAAUCCUGAAGCAUCUCUACCCGAAGCUGGUCGAUCUGCACAACUAUACGAAAUGUUACGCCACCCGCAACAAGCUAGACAACUGGCAGACGCUUAACCGGAAGGUUUUUAGCCGGUUGAACAUCUACUUGGAUGAGGAGAUGAUGAGCGAUCUGGCUUGUGGAAGCAACGGCAUGCUGGAGGUGCUGCUGUUUGAGCUGAUGGCUAAGUACAAGUGGGAGAACAAACCAAGCUACUACCAGCACCACGAGGGAGCACAGGACGAAGGUUACCGAGGGGAAGAAUGAAUUCCUGGAGGAGCAUGGCCACACACAACCACACACACACACGCUUCGAGAGUAAAUAGUAGCUGCGUUGGUUUUAUUUUGACCUAUAAAACGGCUUUCAGCAUGAAAUCUUA